UAAACAUAUGAAAUUACCCCCCAUGAAAAUGUUUUCUAAGAUUGCAAAAUCUGCUUGGAAUAAAGAAACACAAAUCGUUAAGAACGAAUACAUUAAGCUAACCAAGGAUGCCAAAACUUUGUACGACGAGGGGAAGAAGUUUCAAGAAAGCGAGAGUGCCGGACAUGUCGAUCAUUAUGAAGUAACCAAAGUAACCGAGGAAGAACCCAAGAGUGUUCCGAAAUGA